GUGGCCCUCUAAUUCCCCCUAUUAAGGCUCCCCGCGUGACGUCUCCGUUAAUCAGGACCCUUAUUUAUAAGGUGGAGCGAGGGCGCGGGGAACGGUCAGACGUCUGCGGAACCUCCGACCGGUACAAGAUGCGCGGAGCACACAGCGUUUCCAUCCUGCUCUUCCUAGUUUUGGGGUUCAGCUGUAGCCUGCAGACCAUCAUGGGGGACCACGUCCCGUGGGAAAGGAUCCGCUUAUGGCAGCUCCUCCGUGAUGGGGAUGAAGAUCUUCCUAGGCCCCUCCUACAACUUGGGGGCCCCAGAGAUAAGAAGUCAACAGACCCCGCCUCCCUGUUCAGCGUAGCCAAGGAGCUGCAAGGCUUCGGGAAGGAGCGGGCCGGGUUCCGUUUUAGGUUCGGGAGGAGAGAGGAAGGGAACGAAGUGGAAAAUCCGGAGCCAGAACUGGAGGAGCGAAGCGCCACCGCCCUGGGAUCUCUCGCCGAGGAACUGAAUGGAUACAACCGGAAGAAAGGCGGCUUCAGCUUCCGAUUUGGAAGGCGAUAGGUCACGUUUUGCGCCCCCCCCCCCCCCCCCGCCCCCUUUAUAAAUCAGUUUUCUAUCUCCUUGAUAAUCUCUCCUGAGCCUUCAGCGUAAAAGUCACCGGCUGAGAGCGAAGCGCAAACAGCGGCGUCAUCCUGAAACUUCAACAUCUCAGCAAACAACGGCACGAAGCGAACGCAAACAAGUCGAUAACUUAUUCUGUAGCAAACACAAAAAGGGCAAAAAAACACAGAAAACAAGACGAACUCUGCGCUCUCUUCUUACUAAAGAUUAUUAGGAAUUUAAAUGGGUAGUACAUUUUUAUAAUUUUUUUUUUUUUUAAAGGGGGGGGGGGGUCAUAAACAAGCUACUAAAAUAAUAGCGAUGACUAAAAGGCAAACUCCAGUCAAAAAAUAUAUAUAUAGCUCCUCCCCUGCUUACCCUUUUAACUGGGACAAGUUUCACAUUUUAGACUCCACCCACUUAUAUUUAGUUGGCAGUUGUCAUGUGACCACUAACCUCCACCCCCCAAAGAGCAGGAAAAAAAAAUUAGGGCAGAUUUUAAAGAGAAUCUGACACCCUGUUCGCCCGCACUAAACCCAAUGAACUAUAGUGCCGUUAAACAGCUUUACAAAGAGGGCUCACUUACUGGAAGCCAAUCAGUGUACGCAGAGUUCAGGCACUGUAACCUUCAGCUACAUGGCGCAAUGGAGGCGGGGAGCCAACUCUCCCAGCUCAUCUGUCUCCUCCAUAUACCCCCCUACAUUAAUAUGCUAAUGAAUGCUCAACUGCGGCAUUGAUCGGGCCGAUGGGAGAACAUGGAGGAGACAGGGGAGCUGGGUGAGCCAGCUCCCUGCCUCUAUUGCCCAAUGCAGCAGUGUCAGAUUCUCUUUAAAGCACAAUCAUUGGGGAGGGGGGGGGGGGGUUCAUGACUGGAGUUUCCCUUUACCAUCCAGCCACAGCACAGCCAUGAACAUUUCGGAGAAGAGAUGCAACAAUGUAUCAUCAGAUAUUACUUCUUUUAUAAGAGAUUUUUUUCUUUUGUAUCUUGUUAUUCAGAAUUAUAUGGUCGUUUAUGUUAAAGCAGCGCGAUGUCUUGUGUUUUGUCCAGUGUCUUAUGGAGCAGCAGAAGGAGGAGGGUGGGGGAGUCCUGAUGGUCCCUAUGACCUAUCAAAAACCCAACUAGGGUGCCUCCAGCUGUUGCAAAACUACAACACCCAGCAUACCCGGACAGCCGUUGGUUGUCCGGGCACGCUGGGAGUUGUAGUUUUGCAACAGCUGAAGGUGCCUUUGUUGAAAAACACUGUCUUAUACACAUCAACACUCAGUGGGAUGAGAUAUCGGUGCAUACACAGUCACCUCAGAUCAUGGACACCUUUGCACUGAAAAUAAUUUUUAUUGUUAACUUACUUCCUAAAUGCUAAAUUAAAG